AUGUACGACAUGAUAUUGCAGCAAAAGAAAGUGUUGGAAGACAAAAUAAAUGAUGCUGUCAAGAAAUAUCCUGAGAAUCAGUUGGUCAAAGAAUGGGAAAACAAAGUAAAUGAUUUGUUUAGUGAAGUUUCCACAUCAGAGGAACCAGAACAAUCUCAAUGGUGGUAUGAUAACGAGGCUGAAAUUGAACGUACGCUGAUUCUAGCUACAACUCACAAACAGUUUGACAACUCCCCGAUAGAAAAAUGUAGUAUUCAAAUGCCACAGGAAUAUGCAGACUUCGCGAAUAGAUAUGGGUUAGUAGAAGAGGAAUGGAUAUUCUCUCUCCAGGGAGAGCCAAAUGAUAUAGUUUUCCACACUUUGGAUGGGUUUUCUGCUCAGAGGUUUCACAUGGAAAGUUUUUUUCCAACAUGUGAACUAUUUGGUCAUGGCAUUGAUUGUUGGAGUCAAGUGUUGAAUCUUGAUGAAAGUAAGCGUGCACCUGAAUCGCCUCUGAGAGUUUAUUGCAAGACAAAUGUGACGAAUUCAUAUCUUGAAAGUGAUUUAACAGAAAGUCAACAUAAAGAUAAAUUCAUUGAGAAUCUGGUGCUUUCUAUUGAAGAUAUGGAUGCAAGCCUACGUUUUGUUGGAUUGCUUUUCCUACCAGUCAUCCGUUCCUUCCACAUUUUCCUUUUUGUGAUCAAUCUACAACACCCAGAGUUUGUAAUCAUUGACAACAACAAAGUUGAUGAUCCUGAUGGUGAGAGAUAUGGUCAGUUGCCCCAAAUCAUUAAAGAGUACAUAGUUGAUUACUUAAAAUCUCAGAAUCAUCCAAAAGCUGAGAUGUUUUCACAUGUGAUGCCACAUAGACUAGAAAUGACUUGGAGAACAAUAAACAACAUCAUUGAUUGUGGUGUGUUUACGAUGCAUCACAUGGAAACAUAUAUGGGUGGCAGUAUGAAUGAGUUUAAAGCUAGGUUCAAGAACGAGUCUUCUGCACAAGAUGAUCAACUUGUUAAACUGAGGACAAAGUAUUUAUACAAAAUCAUUACUCAUGAAUAUAAUGUGCGAAAGGAUUAUGUGCUGCAAAAGGUUGAUGAAUUCCACAAGAUUCCUUCAAGACAACGUUCUCAACUGUUGGCCAUUGCAAAGGAAGAAAUUCACAGGAGAUUGCAUGAUUUAAGUUAAUUCUGUUAAAAAAGUUAUUUUAGUUAUGACUUCAAUGGUUUCUUUUGGAUAGUUUUAGAACAAUGGUUUUGUAUGCUAAGGAUAUUAACUUGGGUUGCUGAACGUACAAUAGUUACUUUUGGUUUGCUAAUUUUAGUAAUGGAUUAGUG